CGGUUGGAUAGAGAUGUAAUUUUAAUCCGUUGGAAGAGCACAUCUCCUCCGCUCACGGUGGUCCGAUCGCAGUCGACGUCAUUCAUCACCGCCUUUCGCUGUUCUUUGAAAUUUCGCUCUUAAGCCCUAAUUUCUGGGGCUAAUUUCGCUCUUAACAACUCGAUUUCGGUUUUGAUCAUAGAAAUUACAAAGGCAAUGGAUAAGUCGAGCGCGUUAGAGUAUAUCAACCAGAUGUUUCCAACAGAAGCAUCUCUAUCUGGCGUUGAGCCACUUAUGCAAAAGAUUCAUGGUGAGAUCCGCCGGGUUGAUGCUACCAUACUAUCUGCUGUUCGUCAACAGAGUAACUCAGGAACUAAAGCUAAAGAAGAUCUUGCUGAUGCUACACGCGCUGUCGAGGUUAGUUUCUCAUAUAAGAUUCAGGAGAUCAAAUCCAAAGCUGAGCAAAGUGAAACAAUGGUCCAAGAAAUAUGCCGUGACAUUAAGAAGUUAGAUUUUGCUAAAAAGAACAUAACCACAACCAUCACUGCUCUUCAUCGCCUCACAAUGUUAGUCUCUGCUGUUGAACAGCUUCAGGUGAUGGCGUCAAAAAGACAAUACAAGGAGGCAGCUGCGCAGCUAGAGGCCGUAAGCCAAUUAUGUAAUCACUUUGAAGCCUACAGGGAUGUUCCUAAAAUCACAGAGCUCAGGGCAAAGCUUAACAAUAUAAAGCAAAUCCUUAAGUCGCAUGUAUUUUCUGAUUUUUCCAGUUUAGGUACGGGGAAAGAGACCGAGGAAACAAAUUUGCUACAGCAUUUAUCUGAUUGCUGCUUGGUUGUUGAUGCUUUGGAGUCGUCUGUGAGGGAAGAGGUGGUAAACAACUUCUGCAGCCGUGAGCUAACCUCAUAUGAACAAAUUUUUGAAGGAGCUGAAUUGGCAAGGCUGGAUAAAACAGAGCGGCGAUAUGCAUGGAUAAAGCGUCGAAUCCGUACAAAUGAAGAAAUCUGGAAGAUUUUUCCUGCUUCUUGGCAUGUGCCUUAUAGACUUUGCAUCCAGUUCUGCAAGAAAACAAGGAAACAAGUAGAGUCUAUUCUGGUCAACAUGAAAGAGAAACCAGAAGUAGCUGCAUUGCUACAGGCACUACAAAGCACAGUGGAGUUUGAAAAGGAACUUGAAAAUAAAUUUGGUGGCGAUGUUCCUAUUCCUACGAGGGAUAUCGGAGAUGACAUUGAAGAAAUUGGUACAUGGGAAAACAGUAGUCAGAAUGUAUCUAAAAUUCGCAAGCAGUAUGAAAAGAAAUUUGCUGCUGGUCAAGAAUCUGGGGAAAGUGAAACGACCGGAAACAAAGAUUUAUCUGUUCCCGGAGCUGGGUUCAACUUCCGUGGAAUCAUCUCUUCUUGCUUUGAACCACAUUUAACUCCAUAUAUUGAGUUGGAAGAGAAGACACUAAUGGAACACCUGGAGAAAGUUGUGCAGGAGGAAACAUGGGGUAUUGAAUAUGGAAGUCAAAAUAAUGUUCUACAUAGCAGCACCCAGUUGUUUACCGAUAUAAAGAAGAGCUUGAAACGGUGCAGUGUUCUCAGUAAGAACCAGACUUUAUUCAAUUUGUUCAAGGUCUUUCAACGAGUUCUUAAGGCAUAUGCUACGAAGCUAUUUCUUAAGCUCCCAAAAGGAGGCACCGGUAUCGUUGCUGCAGCCACAGGCAUGGACGGACAGAUAAAGGUCUCGGACAGAGAUGAAAGGGUGAUAUGUCACAUAGUUAAUUCUUCCGAGUAUUGCCACAAAACCUGUGGUGAAUUGGCAGAAAAAGUAUCAGAAAUUGUUGACCCGCACUAUGUUGACGUUGUAGACAUGUCAGAGGUCCAGGAUGAAUUUUCCGCCGUCAUAACGAGAUCAUUGGUCACGCUGGUCCUUGGAAUCGAAACUAAAUUUGACGCAGAAAUGGCAGCGAUGACACGUGUUCCAUGGGGGACACUUGACAGUGUGGGUGACCAGUCUGGGUAUGUGAAUGGAAUAAAUACAAUUCUUAGCGGCAGCAUUCCUGUCCUCGGGAACCAUCUAACACCAGUUUACUUCCAAUUUUUCCUCGACAAGCUGGCAUCAUCCCUUGGACCACGGUUUUAUGCUAAUAUUUUCAGAUGCAAGCAACUAUCCGAAGCUGGAGCUCAACAGAUGUUACUAGAUACGCAAGCCAUGAAGACGAUUCUUCUAGAAAUUCCUUCACUUGCCAGACAGACUUCAACUGCUGCCAGCUACUCUAAAUUUGUGAGCCGUGAAAUGAGCAGAGCUGAAGCACUUCUUAAGGUCAUACUAUCCCCAAUCGAUUCGGUGGCAGACACUUACCGUGCACUCUUUCCAGAAGGAACUCCCAUGGAGUUUCAGCGCAUCUUAGAACUUAAGGGUCUUAAGAAAGCUGAUCAGCAGAGCAUACUUGACGAUUUCAACAAGCAUGGUCCAGGGUUCACACAGGCCUCUGUCUCAGCGGCAAUGCCACAACCGGUUCCAACCCCACCUGCACUGCCGCUGGCAAUCACUAAUCCGGCUACAGCAGCUGGGUUCAUAGCAAACAGCGAGGAUGUGUUGACGAGAGCAGCGGCUCUUGGCAGAGGAGCAGCAACCACUGGCUUUAAGAAGUUCAUUGCACUUACUGAAGCUGCCAAAGACCGCAAAGAUGGACCUUUAAGGAGACUCUUCAACGCCUGAUUUUUUUUUUUUUCGAACUCAAUCUCAACCUCUGAAUAUGAAUCAGGCCUUUUCGUUUCUUGUAUAAUAAUGCAACUUCCAAUUACCACUUCUUUGGCAUUCGCCUCUUAUGUCAUAGUGUUGCAUCAAGAUUAUGAUUUCCAUUUUAUAUGAAAUGGCCUGUGAAGUGCGUAAAAUUGUCAGGAUCUGAUAAUGAACUCAAAUUCGAGGCUGGAACACUAGAUACGUUCUAUUUUUGAA